AUGAAGGGCAUCUCAAUUGACCCAAAGAGGAAUAACCCUCCAACCCGAAAUCGUCCACCGUUGACUUCCAACCCGGCUCAACUUCCUCCAGCCAAGGCAGCCAAGCUUCAUCCAUCUAAAUUAGGCGAAGAGAACGCAUCCCUGUUCUUCCCCAACUUCCUCUACGCAGGCGACCGUGUCCACCUGGGCCCAGGCGUGUCAAGUGUUGAGCAGGUCAUUGACAUUGCUAGGGAUCAUUUUGACAAAAAGGUCGAGGCUUCAUUGCGACGUGAUCUACCCAUUAUCACCACACCACAUGCGAAGAAGCGUCUCACUUCCAAGAAACAAGACACGUUUAUAUCCGUGUCCGCACUGGAUCCAUUUGAACAGAUCGAGGUCAACAUUGAAGGCACAGAAGGGCCAGACCAGCCCCGACUGCGUGUAACGAGAAUGCCGGGAAAGCACGUGCCUCCCAAUCGAGUAAUAGAGAAACUCAACACACUAGCCAAUGCGUUCCCGCCAACCAACGGGUGGAUGCUCGAGCUAGGCCAUGGCACCCACAAUGCAGACUUUUCCUGCGGUUAUCGCAUCUACAUCUCAGGAGACUCUUUGAUGGUAGACGAGCUGCGCGAAAUCCCUAAGCGAUACGCAGGCCAACGAAUUGACCUCAUGCUCGCCCACCUCGGCGGCACAACCAUUCCUUCUCCCUUAGUAGGAAGACUUAUGGAACCGCUAGCGUUGACGGCCACUAUUGAUGCGGAGCAGGGUCUGCAAUUGAUUCAGCUGAUCCAACCAGACAUGACAAUCCCGAUCCACUAUGAUGACUAUGAGGCUUUUGCGAGUCCGCUAGAGGAUUUCAGACGCAUUAUGGAGGCGGCGGGGUUAUUGUACAAGGUUGUGUUUUUGGAUCGUAGGGACCAGUAUUGCUUUCGAGUUAUGACAUAG